UUUUCUUUUUCUUCUUUCCGCCCUUAGCUUCUCUCCCAUUAAUAUUCUUCGCUCUUCUCUUCUUUCAAACAACUUACUGGGGGAUCAAGAAAUUAAAACAAAAGAAUAUAGGAGUGAAAAAGGAUGACGAACAACCCGAAUGUAGUAAUUUCGGAGAGUAAAUCAGGCAUCAACAUGGCCAUCACUGUCACAGUAUCAAACUCGUCGAUUUUCCAAGCGACGGCCCAAAAGCCACUGGCUGGGCCCAGCUCAACUGGCGGCUACAUCUCCAUAUCUCGGUCCACUAAGUUGGUGCAGCCCGAUGGCAGAGCAAGAAUCAAGACUUGGGUGGAGUCAAUGCGGGCCUCAUCUCCCAGUCGUAUUAAACCCACUUCUUCUCUCUCCGGCCACGACCAUAACUCUACUUGGAUGCUCCACCAUCCUUCGGCUUUGGACAUGUUUGACCAAAUCAUUGAUGCUUCCAAAGGAAAACAAAUAGUGAUGUUUCUGGAUUAUGAUGGCACACUUUCCCCAAUUGUCGACGACCCAGAUCGUGCCUUUAUGUCUGAUGCGAUGAGGAAAACGGUGAAAAAAGUGGCGAGAAGCUUCCCGACUGCAAUAGUGAGUGGGAGGCGUAGAGACAAGGUUUAUGGGUUUGUAAGAUUAGGAGAACUGUAUUAUGCGGGAAGCCAUGGGAUGGAUAUUAAAGGACCGACAAAAGAUUCCAAUUACAAGAAAUGUACCCAAUCUGUUCUAUUUCAACCUGCCAGUGAGUUUCUUCCCAUGAUCGACCAGGUUUACAAACAGCUAGUUGAAAAAACCAAAUCAACUCCAGGAGCUAAGGUGGAAAACAACAAGUUUUGUCUCUCUGUUCACUAUCGUUGUGUUGAAGAAAAGAAAUGGAGUGAACUAGCCCAACAAGUUAAAUCUGUGUUGAAAGAUUUCCCAAAGCUUCGACUAACCCAAGGAAGAAAGGUAUUAGAGAUUCGUCCAACCAUUAAGUGGGACAAAGGGAAGGCCUUGGAAUUCUUAUUGGAGUCACUUGGAUUCAGCAAUUGUUCGGAUGUUUUUCCCGUUUACAUCGGAGAUGAUCGAACAGAUGAAGAUGCAUUUAAGAUUAUAAGAGAGAGAGGACAAGGGUAUGGCAUUCUUGUGUCAAAAUUUCCAAAGGAGACGAGUGCUUCUUAUUCCCUACGGGAACCUUCCGAGGUUAUGGACUUUUUGCAACGCUUGGCUGAGUGGAAGAAGAGGCCUCCAUUGCCAGGGCAGUGCGCGAUGUGAAAGAGAAGAAUGGGAAAUGGGGGAAAAAGGGAAAACUGCAAAACAAAAUACCUUUUUUCCCACCCAAUAAAAUAUGAUAUGAUAUAUAUAUAUCUUAAAGAGAAAAGGAGGGGGUUGGUUGGUUGGUUGGUUGGUUGGUUGGGAUUGGUCGGUCUAUAUAUAUAUGUAACUUAUAAUUGUUCAAAGAUAUGUUAGUUAGAUAUAUAUAUGGAAAUAGAGAACAAAAAAGCUAGCUGGGUGGAACUUUUAAAUAGGCAACCUUGGUUUUUUUUUUUUUUUUUCCUUUUCUUUUUCUUUUUUGUUUACUUUGGCUUCAUGGUCUUGUACAUCUUGUAACUCUGUGUACAGGGGAAUGGAAGGCAACCAAAAUUUGCAA